AUGUCGAUGCGAACCGGUGAGCGCUCUCGGGUUCCUGCCUCGCCUCAUUCCACCUCCGAGACUCAGGAUACAGCACCACUGGCCAUCCGAGAUGGGCCGUCAAUGGCCACGUCCAGCACCUCUCCGGUCUCAAACAUCUCACAGGUCUCACAGCAGGAGCAUCUGCAACAGCAUCACCACCAACAGCAACAGCGGGGGCGCCGGUUAUCAGAAAAGUCUUCAGAACAUUGCAUCGACCUCCAAGAUGAGAUGUGGCUGUUUGAAGGAUCCUCGGACUCUGAUAACCUUGUGGACUAUUGCUUCGACGUAGCCAUAGACUUUGGAGUUGCGUCGAAUCUAACCGACCUGGCUACGGGCCCAACAUUGCAGUCAACUGCGAUGAUACCCACUCCCAUAACGGAGAAGUACGACGGAGCCUCCUUGUUUGAAAAACCUCUGAAUCAUGGACUGCAGCAGUCCAAGGACGUACUGCCCAUGGCUUACAAUGCGGUGGGCUCCGCGCGCAGCGGCUCAAGCACAUACUCGGACGACGGAAUCUCUCGCCGCGCCAGGAUUCACGACUGCACCCUGGAAGUUCUUGAGAUCGUCUCCGACUUCCACGCCCUGGCGCAAGGAUGCCUCACUGCCGUAAGAGACCCGGCUUGCACGGCGCACCCGGAGCACCCGCUCGACGACGACACGCCCCGUGAGAUGGGAACCGUGCUGCGGCACAACCGGGAGAUCCUCCAUAAGCUCAACAAACUCCUCGACUGUCGCUGCUUCAUGAGGCAAGAGGUGCUUGUCCUGGCCUACGUGGCCGUGUACAAGGCCCUCGGCUGGUAUGCGGCUGUUCUAGGCGACGACGGUUCGUCCGAAGAAGAUCAAUCCCACUGCCCGCUGUUCGGACGCAUAGCGAUCACCGCCUCGUUCGUAGGGAGCUACUGUCUGGAUAGUGACUCGCAGCGAGUCGUUGCCGCACACCUGGUGCUGACGCACCUCUGGGAACACGUCGACCCUCUGAUCAAGAGGUUGCGCGACUGGCACCCUUCGGCGGCUACGCACGCCACCAAGGGACACAUGUCUAACAUUAUCGACCAACAUCACCAGGCACUUCAGGCGGAACUUGAAAGGAUCACUUUCAAGGCGAAGAGUAUCAAGCACACAUGA